AUGGCUGUAUUUCCUCCUCAAGCCCUUCUAGAAACAUCUGGGACCAUUUACUCAAGGCUCCUGCUCAAGACUGUCUUGGAGAAGCCCCUGGCACAGGUGACUGGAUCCUGGACGACUCUGCUCCGCCGCCUACAGCCUGAACGCGGCUACUGCGCAGGGUCCCCGCCCCCGGCUCCCAGUCCCCACCCCUGCGCCUUCGGGGGCGCCCCAUCGCGGGAGUGUGGUCCGCUUCGCCCCUGUCGCCUAAGGCAGAGAGGUGGCGGUAACCUCCACCUCUUUCCCGUUUCCGCCGCGGGCAGCGCGCCGGCCAGUGCCACCGGGAGGCGCGGUCGUCCCUCCGCCCGCGCGCCGGGGGGCGGCCCUAUCGCCUGCGCCUUUUUCCCCCGCGCACACCGCGGCGGCGCGCGGCACUCGCCAACCGCAGAGAGCGCGGUGGCUGCAGCGCCCUGCGCUCGGAAGAUGGUCCCCGCGACCGGACAGCUCGCUCUGCUAGCGCUGGGUAUCCUGUUAACUGUGUGCCAGGCUCUGGAGAACAGCACGUCCCCCCUGAGUGACUCACCAGUGGCGGCUGCAGUGGUGUCUCACUUCAACAAGUGCCCAGAUUCCCACACUCAGUACUGCUUCCAUGGAACCUGCAGGUUUUUGGUGCAGGAAGAGAAGCCAGCGUGUGUCUGCCACUCUGGGUACGUGGGUGUUCGCUGUGAGCAUGCAGACCUCUUGGCAGUGGUGGCUGCCAGCCAGAAGAAGCAGGCCAUCACCGCCCUGGUGGUGGUCUCCAUUGUGGCCCUGGCUGUCCUCAUUGUCACCUGCGUUCUGAUCCACUGCUGUCAGCUCCGCAAACACUGUGAGUGGUGCCGUGCCCUCGUCUGCAGACACGAGAAGCCCAGUGCCCUCCUGAAGGGAAGGACGGCUUGCUGCCACUCUGAGACAGUGGUCUGAAGAUCCCAGAGGAGGAAUUUGGCUAGGAGGCCUAUGACAGCCCAACCAAGGAAAGGGGUCUCGGGACAAGACCACCAGCAGUGCCCAGGCCCCUGGGACAUGCUGGGAGACCUUCCCCCUCAGUACACAACCGCCUCGGCAGCCUUCUGUCCUUUGAGAGUCUUCAAAACUGUGUGGUAAAGCUGCCUGCUGUGCUCUCUCAGUAUACCGUAGAGAAGAGGCCAGUAGACUACAUUUUAAAGACAAGUUGAACAAGAACCUCAAAGGGCUGGCCCUCCUGCUAGCCCACACCAAGAGUGAGCUUGGGUUGGUGUCUCCUGCCUGCCAUGAAUUCCAGACUCUUUCUUCUCCAUGGGCCAUCUACCCAUCACAGAGACGCCAUGGUUGGUGUACAGAAUGGACAAGGGGAAACGUCUAUUAUUCUUUGACGACACUCUGGUCUCCCAUGAGCCCUGACAACUCCUCAAGCUGUUGUCAGAAUGUGUGUCUUAUUUAUUAAGUGGAUAACACGGUUUUAUUUGUAAUCUCUUUAUGUCAAUGUUGGGCUUCCAUGUUAGUGAUACAUGAGUGGCUGACCAUGAAGUUACACCAAAUAGAAAUGGCCAGCCGCUUUGAUAAAGUAAGGCUGCAGGGAGGACAGUCUCCAGGGGCCAUAGAGACAGAAUUCAAACGUCCAUUCUGCUGGGAACCAAACUGCUAUCGAGAGGUUGUGCCCACUAAGACAGGAAAGUCCCUGGAUACAUGCUGUAGCAAAGUUAGCAAGGCCAAUGGCAGAAACAGUCCCCCUUGUGGGGACAAAAGGACAAGAGAGCCUGUGUGGGCACCUAGGGAGGACGCACAUUCCAACACUUGAUUAAGUGGAUUAACAUCCUCGUGAGCCCAGCUCCCGCAUUAGCAGUGAGCCGUGGGCCAAAUCCGUGAAGGGGACCAGCCCUUUAUUGGUUUUUGCUUAUUUUUAGAAGGAAACAUUUACCUUUCCUAUUUAUUUUCAAGCAUUAAGAAAAAUAGCCCACAGUUUUGUUUUGUUUUGUUUUGUUUUGUUUUGUUUUGUUUCCCCUUUCAGAAUGUUGGCAUUAUUAACAAAAUUGAUUCCAAGCCUCUCCAGCCCCCUCUGGGGAAGGAGACGUGUUCCCUGAGCAUCCAUUGAGCCCACCCUUGUUCCUGGGCUGCUCGGGACCGUCAGGGGACAGAGUGACAGUAAAUCCAUUCAGCUACUUAUUGAGGAGGCCAUUCUCCAACUGAGGAGUGAAAAGUCCGCCCCCUCCCUGCUCCAGAGCCUCUAGCGUAAGACAUCAGGAAAGGGGUAUUUGACAUACCAAGUUGGUCUGAAACUUCUAUCAGAAAGUUCUGCCUGUUCCUCACUCUUCUUGCAGAGUCUUGAAAAGUCAGGUCUUGCUGUAUAGCCCAGGUUGGCCUUGAAGUUAAGAUCCUCCUGCCUCACCAUCCUGAGAGCUGCUGGGCUUACAGGUGUGCACCACCACGCCCAACAGAGUCUUUUUGAUUAUUAAAGAAAAUAGGUUAAGUUUGCUUUCCUUGGGUCAUACAAAUGGGUCAAGGCCAAGGGUAGCCUGCUGCUCAGACACCAAUCAACCUCACUGGACUUUAGCCCCUCUAUUGGGCCCCAAUGCUCUCAGUAGACCCCACCUAAUGUACUGGCCCAUGGGGGUCAACACAAUGGAGUUGCAGGGUUUGUUUUAAUUUAGUUCACACUGUUAGCUUCCAAUGACAGGUCUUUUCUGGUCUGUUGGAGGCUCCUGGAUGUCUGACAUCUUUUAAGGAGUUUGAACUGAAAUCUAAAUAUCAAUGGGAACUCCCUCACUAGUGUCCCAUCCUGAAGAUGUUACCAUGCAAGGCUCAGCAGAGGUGGAGAAAGUUAGCACGAGCACACGAUGGUGAAGGCAGAGGAUCUUGGAAGGACCUCAGCUUUAGUGUCUGAACAUCCCAGUUCUCAGGUCCUGCCAGUCACAGCAGCUAGUACCAUCCUAGUGCCUGUACACAGAUGCAGCCGGCUCAAAUGUCACCUAGAAGUGCCGUCCCAUCAGUCUGCCCUUUGAAGAGUCAGAAGCUGAGACUAGGUUGAGGCAAGUCUGGUUGGACAUCAUCCCUGCCCCAACAUAUGACAGACCUGCUUCUUUGUUGACUUUGAUUUUGGAAGUCAUACAAAUGCUGUGUUCCUUCCUGUGCCAUCUCACAGCACAGAUAGGCCUGGUUAACUGUACCAGCACCCUCCUGUCAGGUCAUACUGGCCCUCUCUUGAUAUCAGUACAGCUACCGAAUCGACUCUUCAGCAGGUACACAGGUCAGUGGGCAGUACAGCUGACCCAGUGACUCAGGGGACUGUGAACAUUCCCAAUAAAUGAACUGAAAUUAAGUCUAGGGACACCAAGACAGCUCAGAUAGAAAUGGCACUUACCAACAACCCUGAGAACCUGAGUUCAAUCCCCAGGGACCCAUCUGCUGGAAGAAGAGAGCCAACUUGCCCAGGAUGUCUUCUGAUUUCCACGGAUACACAACACAAACGCAGGGGCUUGUAUACACACAUACAUGCAUAAAAUCUAAUUUUUAAAAAUAAAAAUGGAUUCUAGAAAGGCUUCACACUUCUAGCUGUAACUUUAAACACACCAUGGGAUGCAUGGAAAAGUACAAUGGGACCCAGUCCGAAAGAUAGAUUCCAGGUGAACACACACAGAACCACACCAUGAGUUGGUUUGUCAUGUGCCCCAGAGAAAGGUGGAAACAAUAGUCCCAACAUCCCUUUUCUCCUCCAAAAAAGGGAGGGUGGGGGAAGGAGACAUGUCGGUACCCACCUACCCACACUGGUAAGGAAAGUGACUGUGUCCCUGAGUCUUAGAUGGUGGUGUUGCCCCCUGCAAGUCCCCAGGCCAGGUUCCCUCGUGCCUAUGAGCCACUGGAUGGACCAGCAACACUCUGACACUGCUACAGGCCCAGUCCUGUCGUGAGUAAUAGCCUUGUCUCUCUCCCAAGGCCACAGGGGGCCAGACUAGAUGACACAUUUUUCACACAGGGUUUCACUCUAUAGCCCAGGCCAGCCUUGAACCUAUGAUUCCCCUGCCUCAGCCUACUGGGUUACAGGUGUGUGUUGCCAUACCUGGCUUGUGUUUGUUUUUUAAUGUUCUGGUAUAAGAUGUAUUCCCUGAAGCCAUUGAUCUAUCUCAAAGACACAGUGUUGUAUGCACACAUGUGCACAUGUACACACACAGAGAGAACUGGAAAGCAGCUCCUCUCCACAGUGGAAUAAGUUUAUUAUAAAAAACUCGAUGCUGUUCUUAGAACUCAUCUUUCUGACUUCUGUAUAUGAUGCACUGAAGGUUAAUAUGUAAUGUUUUAAUUUAUUUUAUGUGGUAAGUUAAUUUUGGUUUUCUGUAAUGUAUUAAUGUGAUUAGAAGCUUUUUUUCCUUAAUAUCUGAAUUAUACUUAAAGAGUAGGGAGAAAUAUAAGAUACUGCUGUGUUUUUCAGAAUGUGUAUUGUUACUCAGUUGUAUUGUACCUUGUUUGGAAGGAUGAAGGAAUGAACUCUUUUUUUUUUCCUAAA